AGUUGACCGUUUUAGGUGUGACCUCCGAGUUGACAGAUUAUGUCGCAACAUCGACCCUCGUGAAUUGGCCAUGGGUUGACGUAUGCUGCGAUCAAAACAACUGGAAACUCGGAAAUAUCCGACUUCCAAAUUCAAUUCGUUCACGGUAACUGGGAUCUCUGGGGGGAAAAACGAGCUCCAACUGGGAAACAUAUUUUGAACGGUCAUCCAACUCGGAAUUCCAACUCGGGAACCUUCGUAGAGUUUCGACUUUCCGACGUGAAAAUCACUGACGUCAUGAUUUGAAGUCUUGUUUGUUCGGAAUUCUCAGUUGUCUUGAACGCACCAUUAUGCCGCGUUCAAAACAAUUAGGAAUUCGGCAAAAUACGAGGUCAAAACAUGACAUCGGUGAUCUUCAGGUCGGAAAGUCUGAGCGAUAGAAAGAGGCCCAAGUUCCCGAUGUGGAAUUCCGAGUUUGAUGACCGUUUUAAAUAAACAAAAAUCCCAGUAGGAGCUCGUUUUUUCCCCGAGUUCCCGGUUGUUUUGAACGCACGGACCUCGGAGAUUUCCGAGUUGCCUAUUGGUUUGAACGCGGCAUCAGUCGUAGAUUUGUCACUGUCAUGCGCAUUUGGGUUGUUGUUUAGUUUUUUUAUGACAGGUUGAGGCCUCGGACUAAAUUAGGAAAGGUACCCUGUCCCUUGUCAGGGAAAUCCGCGAUGGAGGGCAUGGAAUUGGAUCUGGACCCGGAGCUUAUGCAGAAAUUCAGCUGCAUGGGCACCACCGAUAAAGACAUCCUCAUAGCCGAGUUUCAGAGACUGCUUGGGUUUCAACUGAACCCCGCUGGAUGCGCCUUCUUCCUGGACAUGACCAAUUGGAACUUACAAGCAGCCAUCGGAGCCUACUAUGACUUUGAAAGCCCCAACAUCAAUGCACCAUGCAUGUCUUUUGUUGGGGAUGUGACGAUCGGUGAGGGGGAGUCUGUUCCCCCUGACACGCCCUUCACUAAGACGUGGAGGAUACAGAACACAGGAGCAGAGUCAUGGCCCCCCGGGGUAUGUCUGAAGUAUGUUGGAGGGGACCAAUUUGGUCAUGUGAACAUGGUGAUGGUGCGCUCAUUAGACCCCCAGGAGAUGGCUGAUGUCAGUGUGCAGAUGCGUAGCCCAGCGGCUCCUGGCAUGUACCAGGGCCAGUGGAGGAUGAGCACAGCCACAGGACUCUUCUAUGGGGAUAUGAUCUGGGUGAUCCUCAGCGUGGAGGUGGGAGGCCUCCUGGGUGUGACGCAGCAGCUGUCUUCCUUCCAGGCCGAGUUUAACACCCAGCCUGCCCGCAACGUGGAGGGAGACUACAACCCCUUCGCCUCUCCACAGAAACACGCCGGUAGCAACGAAAACAGUCACCGUGACGACAGCGGUCUCAAGGACCCCGCGGACACCUGGGAGGGUGGCCCGGACCAAAUGCAGCAAGAGCAAAAUGGACUGUCACAAAACUCUGUGAAUAUAGCAACAAACGGUCUCCAAAGCAAUUUAUCAGUAGUGACUUACAGCCAGGGUAUUCACGGACCCUAUCCUUUUGGGCAGUCCUAAGACAUGGGAAACAUCGUCACAGCCAGGCAGCACUGUGUUCCUGGAUUCACAUCAACUAAUGAGGGAGGAUUACCUGUGGCUGGUGGAGUAUCCUGAGAUUCAUAUAAACACUUAUGCAAAGUCCCACCUCCACUUUACCACAAAACAAACAGAAACCAGAAGACAUAGCUGCUCUGUUCUGUCCCAGCAUACGACUCAACCAACAACAUCCCACAUCCAGUGUAUGCAUGUGUGAAUGCUAAGUUAAAAAUGAGAGUGCUACAAAUCUUUUUAAAAGCGAUGAGAAGUUUUUUUUUUCGGAUCUUUAUUUUUUGAUUUUAGUUGUCGUGUCUGAAUGCAGUUGAGACUACCGUGAUGAAAGGAGUAGUGUGUGUCUGUUUGCGUGGGUGUGUGUGUGUUUGCGUGUGUUGUGCAACCUGAAAGAGACAGACUAGGGAGGAAAAGCCAUUUAUUUUGCGUAUUGAUCCUCUAGUUCCUAAACUGACUUAAAAAUAUAUAAUCUGUUCUCUUCUUACUUUUUUAUCCUAAUUUCACAGUGUAUACUUUUCAGGGACAAGAGAGUAAUUCCACAAAUUCAGCAGCCUGAUAUGCAUGUAUUGUUGUUGAUGUUUUCUGGUAACAUCAAAUGAAGAACAGCUCAUUCACAUGCAUUUCCUGUUCACUAUUUGCUGUAGCUUCACUUUGAUUAUGUUACUCUGAAAGUUGAGCUACAGUAUAUCCAUCCACUAGAGGGAGGUCUUUAUCAAAAUUGGAGUUGCCCAGUCCUGUAAAAAAAAACACACAAAAAACAUUAACAUUAACUAACAUUUACUCAAAGGAUCCUCUAUAUCAGGGUCAAUACAUGGAAAGUAGAUUUGUAUCAGCACCCUGUAGGUUCAAUUUGUUUUCAUUUGUUCUGUAAGAUUGCAAAAGUCCACAUGUUGCAAAGCCAUGACGUUUCUGGCUUUUAUUGUCUUGAGUUGAAUGUAUUUGCAGAAUGUAGAGCUAUGUUGUUUUGAAGCAUCUUUGCUUAUUUUGCCCAAAGAUCUUAUACAUUUACUUUGAAAAAGGCACAGCUUGAUUAAUGUUUUGCUAAUGAUCCUGGGCUUUGGAAUAAACUGUUGAGAGAAAAUUCUGAAUUCACAAUUAGUCUCCUCUUGCUCAGACAUUAAAAUGUUAAACAACUCGUUUGUUAAAAUAUUUGUUUGUACCAGCAGUCAAUUCAUUAGUCCCUCAAGAGUCUAUGUGAAGAAUGUGUGAAGGGUUCUGAACAGUUAUUCUGAAAAGUACUUUUUCUCUCAUGGCUAACUACCAGGAAGUUUGAAAAGACAGGCUGAGUGGGCAGGUUGCUUUUAUUCAUGACCGACAACUAGCCUUGACUGACAGCUCUUUUCAAUGCCUAUGUCAAGCGACUUGGAUGCAGUGAUCGGUGUUGCAAUACAAUUAUCUCAAGCUAACUUGGUAAUACAUAAAGCAAAUCGAACCACAUUGAAAUUGCAUCAAUGAUAUUUGUUUUGGCAUGUCUCUUGUGAUGGGGUUCACAGCAGCACUGACGGAUGUGUUGGCUUGACAACUGCGUUGGCGUUUUAAACGACCCUUCCCCCUCUUUUGUUCCAUGCUGGGUGAAGACCUAGCUAGCUAGUAACACCAGACACAGAUGAAUGGGGAAACGUGUCUUUUCCACAGAUGAUUAGGGUAGACUUUUAAUUAUAUUUGCUGACACCCUACAGUAAAAUGUUGGCACCAGUAGAGUAGCUAUCUAGCUAUAUAAACUAAGCCCCUCAACACACUUUUGCCGAUGUUGGUUAGAAGGUGGUACCUAUUUUUAAAUUAGGUAAGACAGUAUCACGUUACCAUUAGUGUAUUAAAAUUAGAGUUAAAGUGAUGUCCUCUUAAUAAUGAAUCCAAGUGUUUGACAUGGGGGAGCGGACCAGUAACUUCAUGAUCAAACUUUAUCAUUGUAAAAGCAACAGUCAUUUUUCAUACUUUGGUCAUCAUACUUUGAUCUGGUUUCAUCCAAAUAUCAUUCAAUUUCAUGAAAAACAUGAUUUUGACUGUUCAAGACCUUUUAAGUUACUUGCACUAACUGGCUAAUCUCUAUGCAGUGAGUAGUUAACUAUCGCUUCUUUUACUAUGGCCAGUUGUCUUUAUGCUUCAGUUUCAUGCCUGGAAGGCUACAUGACUUUUUAUCUUGUAUUUGUUAUAUUUCCAUCUGCAACUAGUGAAGACUUUGACAACCUGGCUACCGAGAUGACCUUUUUCAAAUAUUCACUUUACAUAGGGGGGAGUAGGACAACAAACAGCAGCACACUCAUUUACCCCCCAGGGAUGACUGUGUACUAUGAAAAUGUCACAGCAGUAUCAUUGUCCAGAACCACACCUCUUGUCAUGGUUGAUCUGCCUAGGUAACAGCAUUUGGAAAUAUCUUGGAUCAAUUGCAUGUGCUCUUGAAACUUUAUGAAGCAUGGUAAUGACAAACGUUUCUCCCAGUCUUAAAAACACAUGAAUACACUCCCCUCUAAUCUCCCUGGUUGUGUCUCAAAUCACCCCCAAUUCCCUUUUAUAGUUCCCUUACUAUAUAGUGAAUAGGGUACAAUACCAUUUGGGACACAUCCCCAUUUUUAUCUUUCAUUUACAAUUGGAUGUCAUGUAUGUAGUAAUGAGUGAUACGUUUGCUUUUUUUUGGUAUGGUAGAUUUUUCUUUCUUUGAAGUUUUCAGGGGUCAGAGUGGUGAAUGGAUGACUUGGUGCUAGAGUUCUACAGCAGCGCAUUUAUGAGACAAAGUCAGAGCAAAGAAUUGAAAGCCCUUUUUCUGUAUGUUUGAAUGAACCUUUGUAUAAUUAAAUUAUCACUGAAAACCAAA